CAGUACUGUGCGUUACGCCUCCUCCGUCGUAGUCAAGCAGCAAUAAGAAGACACGCCGCGACUGUGGCUCGAUCCUGUUGUAUUGCACUGUAGCAGUACUGUAGAGUACUAUUAACUCAACCACGAGCUCGCAGGACUACAAUCUGACUUGACAUGGCAUUUAAUGUUUCAGAGCGCUGCAUUCAGACGGCAAGGGAAUGAUUUGAGGCUCUGCACCUCGGUGAUUAUCGAGCCAAAUGGCUCGAUAAGUCCCACACCCAGCUCCGUCACGCAUUACUGCACCUUCGGAGUGGUACAUAUUCACAUUCCUACCCUGCGUCUAGCUCUGACACAACACUCCGGCGUUGCUUUCGUCCAUGAACGCCUCAGGUUCUCUGCUGCUGAGGCUAUCCGCGAUGCCCCCUUCAGACAAAAGGAGCACUUCAAUGCGAGGCAAGCCCGACUUCCACCUCUCAAGCCUGACUUCAACGACCGCUCUCUCGCCCCGCACCGGCAUCGCUCUAAACUUGACUCUGUCUUGGAGAACCCAUUCGUAGUCAAGGCAUUCCUAUCCGACCACAGACCUCGAGCUGGCCCCGACAUGUCUGUGGUUUCCCGAUGUACGGGAGCCAAGUUGAGCCGGUCCCUUCUCAGUCAUAUGACCCUCCAGAGAGGGACUGACAUACCGUGGAGGAGAGCAAUUCUGUCUACGAAGUGCAGACAUCGUGAGGCAGAAAGUGUGCAACACCUAUGGCCAGUAGCACGUCAUGCUAUAGCUCUAGGUACACUUGAAGAUCCCAGGAUAGUUUCCUUGGCUAUGCGGAUCAGGAUCUCACUGGGGAGUGGCAGGAGCGCCGCGACCGUCUUGACACGCCUUCCCUCCCAAAGACCUUUAACGUCGACCUCUCGCAGAAAGCAAACGACUUUGGAUUGCAAUGUUCCAAGCGCCCUGACAAGCAAAGCAUGGAUGGCAAGACCUACCACGCACAGAUGUCCUGAGGGUCGACUCUCCAGUCCCGUCCACUUGUCUCGGCCAACACAUUCGAUCUCCGGAGCUUUAUCACCCACGAUUGCUGCUCCCACUGCAAACGAAUCCUCCAGUUGUGCUCUGCCUCACCUUUCUUCGUUCGAUCGUGGCUCUUCGCAAUCAAGCUCGGCGAUGGCCCUCACGCACCAGGCAUGCUCACCAUUUGCGUUGCUGCGCAGUCAUGCUGCCGAUGGCCAGAUUACCUCAUCUCCACGCACUGCUCGAUUGUCUUGUCUUCGAGACUGUGUUUUGGGCUGAUGAAUUCUCACUUCCCUUCCAGCUCGCUGAACCACCUACUUGCAAAGCCUGUACCUAGUUUCCCUCUGGUUCUUUCUACAUUCGAUUCCACAACAUUCGAUACACCCCUCAGAGAUCCAGUUU